AUGGCCAGAUUAAACAAGCACAAGCCGGUGUCGACAACGCCAAAGACACCCAAAAUGGGCUCCAGCACGAGCUUCAAGAACUCGCCAGCCAGUAUCAAGAAAACGCCGUCAAAAAGCUCCGACACGCCAAAGGUCAAGGCGGGCUCGACUCUGAGCUCGGGGCUCGCGAGAAACCAGCCGGGCGACCCAACAGAAAUCAAAACGCAGAAAAAAAGAUUCAAGCCCGGAACCGUGGCCUUGCGCGAGAUCAGAAGGUUCCAGAAGUCCACAGAGCUGCUUAUCAGGAAACUCCCGUUUGCCAGACUCGUCAGAGAAAUCGUCCAGGACGAGUUCGGAACAAGCACCUACAGAUGGCAAUCGGUCGCAGUGCUGGCGUUGCAAGAGGCCGUCGAGGCGUAUCUUGUGCAUCUGUUCGAGGAUACCAACCUGUGCGCGCUCCACGCGAAGCGAGUCACCAUUAUGCAGAAAGACAUCCAUCUCGCCAGGAGAUUGCGGGGGGAUUGA